UAGGCGGGAACGUGGACGCGAGUUAGAAGACUGCGCUGCGCGCGCGUCGGAAGCGGGCUUCCGACCUUCUAGUCUGUCCACAUACGACAGGAGGAGGAGCUCCUAGUCUCUUCUACACCAGUAGCGCAACGAGCCCUUUUCCUCCCUGAGGUCUUUCUCUUUCUCCCUCCAUAACCAGCAAGCAGCAGAAGGUUGCCAGUACUGGCCUUGGAGUGUCCAGGAACUGGCAUCCAUCUCCCUCCGGGUGACUUGCUGAAAAGAGUCUGGGAGGUUUGAAUGAUUUGAUACUUCGAAAAACACUAGGGAGGAAAUAGUCUCGAGUAGCAGCAGCAGCAGCAGCAGCUUCAAAGCCAGAACAGGAGGCAGCACUGCCCGGCUUGCCCCUAUGCGGCGCGUCUUCUGUUUCUGCUUUGCUCCCCACCACGCUGUACUAGCUGGAGAAGGAGGAGGAGGAAGGAAGGCGGGCUGGGCAUGAGUGACGGUUGAGCCGCUCCCCUCGGCCGUCAUUUGCCCCGCCUUCCACCCCCCGGGGCUCUCUUCAUUCACUACGGGAGGGAGGAGGAGCCCUUUCCCCAGAGCCCGGAGGGAACGUAACGCAGUCGGAAACGCUCGUUGUAUUCAUUCUUGCCAAUCUUCGCCGGCAGCAGCUGCUACUUCUUUGCCUUCUCCUGAGAUCGCACCAGCCGGAGGACCACGCGCCACUUUUCCGCUCUCGGCACCCUUUUCCUCCUGCUCCAUCCGUUUGUUCCUCCUGGCGGCCGCCGCUGCUGUCUCCUUCACCGCUUCCCUGGAAACUUCACCGGAUUCGGGCACAAGAGAAGGAGUGAGUGAGUGAGCAAGCAGCGUAAGCAGGAAUCCGGUUUUCUCUGGCAGCGGCGUGUCCCGGCUCUGCCCUUUCUUUCUCCUCCGAUAGCCGUUUUGGCAUCCCUCAGUCUUCCUCUUAUAAGAAGGAAAAAGCAGAAGACAAGCAGUUGCUAGGAAGCCCAGACUUCACUGAGAAGAUGGGUUGCAAGAAACUCGUUGGUGUUGGUCAGCAACUGUUCCGCCGGAAAGUGGUGGACUGCACAAGAGAAGACAGCCGUUUCUCACGAUGCCUCAACACAUUUGACUUAGUUGCUCUUGGUGUAGGCAGCACACUUGGAGCAGGAGUUUAUGUGCUUGCUGGGGCAGUGGCUCGAGAAAAUGCCGGACCCGCCAUUGUGAUCUCCUUCCUGAUAGCUGCUCUGGCUUCUGUGCUGGCUGGCCUCUGCUAUGCGGAAUUUGGUGCUAGAGUUCCAAAGACUGGAUCAGCAUAUCUCUAUAGCUAUGUGACUGUUGGUGAACUCUGGGCAUUCAUCACUGGCUGGAAUCUAAUUCUUUCUUAUGUCAUUGGAACAUCGAGUGUGGCCAGAGCAUGGAGCGCAACGUUUGACGAACUCAUAGGCAAGCACAUCGAGAUGUUUUUUCAGCAGUACAUGUCCAUGAACGCUCCUGGGGUGCUAGCAAAAUACCCCGACAUCUUCUCAGUUUUCAUUAUCCUUAUCUUAACAGGACUUCUCACGGUUGGUGUAAAAGAAUCAGCAAUGGUCAACAAAGUGUUCACCUGCAUCAAUGUUCUGGUCCUCGGCUUUGUGAUGGUGUCUGGAUUUGUAAAAGGAAAAAUUGAAAACUGGCAGAUCUCGGCAAACAGCUCGGACCGCUUUAACUACACAGUCGGUGAUGGUGGGUUUAUGCCCUUUGGCUUCAGUGGUGUUCUUUCGGGGGCAGCUACAUGUUUUUAUGCAUUUGUAGGAUUUGACUGCAUCGCCACCACAGGUGAGGAAGUAAAAAAUCCCCAGAAAGCCAUUCCAAUAGGAAUUGUGGCGUCGCUUCUGAUUUGCUUUGUUGCAUACUUUGGUGUGUCGGCCGCUCUCACCCUUAUGAUGCCUUAUUACAUGCUGGAUAAGAGCAGCCCUUUGCCGGUUGCUUUUAAGCACGUGGAGUGGGAUGGCGCAAACUAUGCAGUAGCUGUUGGUUCACUUUGUGCCCUUUCAACAAGUCUGCUUGGAUCAAUGUUUCCGAUGCCUCGAGUUAUUUAUGCUAUGGCAGAAGAUGGGCUUCUCUUCAAGUGUUUGGCUCGUGUCAAUGAGAGGACAAAGACACCAAUGAUAGCUACAAUAACUUCAGGAGCUGUUGCAGCUAUUAUGGCUUUUCUCUUCGACCUGAAAGAUCUUGUAGAUCUUAUGUCCAUUGGGACACUUCUGGCUUACUCAUUGGUGGCUGCCUGCGUUUUGGUACUAAGGUACCAACCUGAGCAGCCUAACUUGGCAUACCAAAUGGCUAGCACAACUGAUGAGGUGGACAACAAUGAGUCUGUGAGCACCAGUGAGUCCCAGACUGCGUUUCUACCUGGAGAAGAGGGAAAGUGCUCCCUUAAAGCCAUUCUGUUCCCUUCAAACACGGACCCUUCUAAACUUUCUGGCUCUGUAGCAAAAGGCUGCUCCUGCAUCAUGGGUUUCCUUAUCGUCCUCUUCUGCCUCUUGACUGUCCUUGGGAAAAACGCUCUGAUAAGUGGGGCCACGUGGGCUAUUAGCCUGCUCAUUAUAGUUACUAUCAUUUGCUUCAUCGUCGGGGCGGUUAUUUGGAAACAGCCGGAAAGCAAAACUAAGCUCUCGUUUAAGGUCCCCCUUCUGCCUUUCCUUCCAAUCAUGAGCAUCCUUGUGAAUGUUUACCUCAUGAUGCAGUUGGAUGUUGGCACCUGGAUACGGUUUGCCAUCUGGAUGGCAAUAGGCUUCCUUAUUUAUUUUGCCUAUGGCAUGUGGCACAGCGUGGAGGCCUCUUAUUCGGCGGCACCAACAAAUGCAGAAAGAAGUACCGACAACAAUGUGGACAGUUGUAAAUGAUUGACGGUGUGUUGUCUGGAAGGACAGCUGAGCAUCCGGUGCAGAGAAGGAUGCUCUUUUCUCUGGGACCCUGAAGUAUUUUAUUCUCUGGAACAUCUGGUGGACUUCCAUGCCCCGUCACUGCCCCUUGGUGGUGCAGCUAUAAGAGACUGCAAGGGGAAAGCCAGGCCUCUGGCAUACUCCCAACAACACUGUUACCCAGUGCUGGCAGCUCUCUUCCCACCCCCCUCUGUGUUAAGCAUAUGGAAAGAAAAGCGCUUUUCUGUGUGCCAGUUCACUUCCAAUGCUGCUAUGAGAUCAAGCCUUUCAGAGGGCCUGCGAAUUUAACUCCUUAGGUACUGUACUCAGAUUUAAGAGGAGCGGACGCUGCAUUGUCGGUCUGCAAAAUAAUCCACAUAGGACUAUUGGGGGGAAAAAGGGGCCUUGCCUACAACAACACAUCAACAAACCACAGUCAACCUCUUGUGCGGUAUGAAAAUGCCCCUUUGCCCAGGGCUGAACUGGUUAAGGAUAGCACUGGGUUGUGUUAUUUAUCCAUUGUACUUGACCUAUUUUGUGCAAGUCAUUCCUGUGCUUUGACCCGCAGUGUUGCGACUCUCUUUUAAGGUAGUGGCUUGCAGGCUGAAUUCUUGUCGUUACACAAACCGUUGUUCUGGGAAAUAGUGGGUCCUUAAGAGAAAAGCUUCUAGCUUAUUGUAUAACUGCGUAGAAUAUGUGGUUCCUUAUUAGUCUUCUACCUGGGCAGGUGUAUGAAAGUGGAAAAUCGAGCGCAGCUCUGUUGACUGCAUAGUUUGGGGUGUUGGGACGUAUGGGAUAACACUGGUCAGAGUAAGUGCUUUUCAAUCUUUGUAUUCCUCAUUUUCACCAUAUCUUUAUGAGAUGAAUCCUUGAUAGUCCUUGAAGCAAAGAAAACCAACUGAAUACAGUCAUCCAGUAAUUCCAUGGUAGAGAUAGAGUUUGAAGCUAGAUCUUCUGGGCCCAGCCCCCAAACAUAUCUGUCUAUUAUUGUUACAUUUUAAAAUAAUUUAUUUAAAGCACAUGCUUUUCAGGAGCUGUGCUGAACUUGGCUUGUGUUGAGCUUUACUCUUCUGGCACAGAGUAGGAACCAACUUCUGUCUCUGUUUAGCUGGAAGAUUUGGGGCAACUAUCUGGUCUGUUAAGCAGAUUUAUUGUGGCUACUCACCCCUGUUUAGAAGGGGCUGAUUCUACCCUCAUAAGUGGGGUGUGGGGGAUGCAAUACUAAAAGCAAAAGGAGCUUGUAUCUGCUAUCCGCAUUUGAGGCAUAAGCACGUGAGCACUGACCACACAUAAUAGUCUAGUCUCAUUAAUUCAAUAAAGCAAUGUUCUCUUUUGGUAAACACCACCAAGAAGAUGGCUGUAGUCCAGGUGAGCCAUGUGGAACUGGUUUCCAUACUGUUUGCAGACACUCCUGGUACAUUCUCUAACACAGGGUUUCUCAGCCUUGGUUCCCCAGAUGCUCUUGGACUACAACUUCCAUUAUCCCAAGCUACACCCAAGGUUACCAGCCCUUGUUCUAACAGAAGGGGUGUAUCCCAGUAAGCAGCAAAAGCUGGGGAAGUAGCUUCUUGUCACACUCAAGCCACCUGUGAAUCUUCCGGUCAGGUCAGGGGCAGGGGCGGGGAAUCAGGUGUCCGUUAAUCUAUGCAGAGGCAGAGAUCUGCCUCUUUGUAUUUUUUGUUUAAAAAGAUAUUUCCAAAGGAAACAAUUUAUUUCAUGCAGAUGCUUGCUGUAAAUACAAAAACCAGCUUUCUGAUGUUUUUUAAUUAUUUUUCUCAUACAUUGGGGCUAUUCUCAUGAUUGGGAAAAAUCGGGCUAGGAAAGCCUAGCCCAAUUUUUCCUGAUCGCAAGAACCACCGGGCUCGGCUGCGAGCCCGGUGGUUCUCCAGCGGGUAACUCGCUUUGGUAGCCCUCCUCUUAGCCCGGGUUUGCGGAGCGAGUGCUCCGCAAACCCAGGCUAUCUGGUUGUGAGUAGCCGCGGCGCAGGUCCGCGCCGUGGCUACUCACAAGGAGACCCCCGGAGGGGAGGUCACGUCACGGAGCCAGCAAUCGUGUGGGCGGCCGAUCAGGCAACCCAGGGCUACUGCCCCGAUCAUCUGCAGGGAGAGCGGGCUUAGCCCGCUCUCCCCGCAGUAUCCUCAAAAGCGGGUCUCACUGAUCAUGAGACCCACCUCAUUGUCUUUUUUAUGUUGAAGACCUGAAUAUUGUUGUUACUACUAUUAUUAUUGUUAUUGUUAUUAUUUGUGGGUAUUUAUGCUUUAUAUAUUGCAGUCAAGGCGGAUUGUGUGGGAAACAGUGGCACUUGGAAGAAAGAUAAUUUUUAUUUUGUAGGGUUUUAUUUCGUGUGGGGAAAUUCAGAGGGAAAAAUGUUCUUUUGUGGUGUCCAAACUCCUGUUGGUUUGUUUAGAUACUUUCAGCUCCAUGAAAUCAUGAUCAGACCAAUAGGAGGAGUAAAAGGGCAGAGAGAGAAUAAUUGACUGGUCAAUAAAUGAAAACCCAAUUUGUUUUGAGCCACAACUGGCCUUUUGUCAGAGGGCCAUAAUGAGCAAGCCAAGGAGGUUGAUACUUUGACCAAGUGUGAAUAGUUUCUCCCGAUAAAAAGAACUGGUUGUAGCUCAGAACUCAUUGGGCUUUGUAUAUGCAGCAUUCUUGUACAGUGUUCCGAUUGGAGCUUCCAGCUUGUCUCUGUAGGACACAGAGAAUUCCCAUCUUACAGAGUCUUUGACUAAGUGGAACUUUGAGCUCACAGCUCCCCAAUUUGGCUACACUAGCUCUGAUGGCUGUUCCACACAUGACAAAAUUCCUAUGCAGAAAUCACUUACUGUUAAUAUAUAUAUAUAUAUACAUUGCCUUGAUUCCUUUGUGUAAAAUAAGUUGCCCCUGCUUUUAGAAUCUCUUGGACUGAUUAUGAAAAUGAUUGUUCUUGUGGAGUUGCCAUUGAAGACCGUCCAGGAGCUGCCACUUGUACAAAAGGGCUGCCACUCUCUUAACUAGCACAGGUUUGAGGGAGAUCAUAUAUGGCCAUUGCUCUUGCCUGUUGGACUUGCUUCUGUUAAGAAGGCGCUGUUCAUUUCCAGUAAGGGCCUGUGCCCACCUUACCUUAAGAAGUGUCCUCUUCCUUCUAAACAUCUGUUUCCAUUAAGUAGAUGAGGCCUUGUUCUGCAUGUUGCCUGGUCAGGAGAGGAAACUGAAAGCUGCCUGAAGUUGGCUUUCUUUGUAAUGACUCCUUCUCUCAGUGACUUCAUUACAAGAGGUGUCUAAGUGUAGAUAUAGAUAACAGUCGCAUUCUAGCAAGCUUUUUGGGAAUACAUUUUUAUAACUUGGUGUGGCUGUAGUUGCUGUGGUGGUGAUUAGCAUUUAUUUUAUGAUGUGGCUAUAGAACUGAUUUUAUGUAUUCAUUUUUCAGCAUAGGAGGGAAAACAGGGUAAAAAUCUCUUAUAUUUGUGAGGGUCCUAUAUAUCUGUAAAUCACUGCAUAUACACACGCACGCUCACACAGGUUCUAUUGAAACAUGGGCUUCACACACAUUCCACCAUGGAAGUGACUCCACGUAGGAAUUUUGUCAUGAGUGGGAAUACUGUUCUGCUGUGAAAGACUUAAGUUCUAGUAAAAUAACUGUUAGGAUAGGAACCUCUUUAGCCUCAUGGUCUGCUUGCUUCACUAAGGAUGCAGAGGUUCCUUGGGAGUAGUGCUGAUACCAGGUAUCAGGAUCAGGUAUACUAGAACUGCAUAAAUGCUCCUGUUCACCUAGUGAAUAAUAAACGUUGCCUUAUCUUCUGUAACCCCAGGUGUCCCACAGAGAGGAGAGUGUCUGGGAAGGGCCAGGAGGGAGAAGGAUUUUACUCUGCCCUGUUAUUGAGUCUCCUUGGUGCCAGCAGCUGUUGUCUCCACAGAGAGCACGGCAUCCCAGGGCUCUUUCUACUGGUCCCAUUGCAGCUAUCCAUCCCUUGCACUCAUGGGAUACAGGUGGUGGGUGUGCAGACUCUUCCCUCCCCACCCCUGGUCUGAAUUAGCAGAGCAGGAAGCAUUGAAAACCAGACAGACUUUGCAUUAAAGGUGCAAUUCCUUCUCUCCACCCCUUUCCAAAGCCUAAAUAUAAACAUACAAAGUUUGAGUACAUUGAUGAAAACCUGAAAGAUGCUGCUUUGCUAUUGUGAAGAAUAAGUUGGCAUUUCUUAAAGUGUGUCUUUGUAAAUAGGCAGAUAACUGUUGUAAAUAAGAAGCUGGUUUAGCAUAGUAGCUAGGGGACUUUACAUAUAAAACUCUAUGCUGAAGUAUUGCCACCUUUAUUAAUGUUCAAGACAAAAAAAUAACUGGACAGGUCUCUCUCAGGACAGAGGGGGGUCUAGAAAGUGGCCUCUUCCUUCAAGAUUGUAUUCUUUUCACUCUAUUAGGUUUAUAUUUCUGCAUGUGUAAACUCUCACUAAAGUGAGAGAGAGAACACACAAAACCAGGUCGGAUAUACAUAAUGUAUAGGAGACCUGUGUGAAGCUUCAACCAAAGCCAAAUACUCUGCACAGUCCUGCCGUUGUGCAGAGGUGACUAUUUCCACAAGUCAUCUCUGCGCAGUGCUGUGUGUUCCUCAGCACCAAUGGAGGUUCCUGCAUGGGUGCAGCCAUCCCAACAAUCGCCUCUGUAUGGUAUCAGAAUGACAGUGUGGAGUAUUCAGUUUCGGCUGAAGCUUUGCACAGGCCUUGUGUACAGCCUGAUCCUGUGCAUAUUUACUUGUAACUUGAUCCAGCUGAGUUCAAGGGGACUGACUUCCCAGUGAUACAUAAGAUUUGAAGCUCUAGGGUGGGAUCAGCCCCACUAACACAGGAGCACAGUUAUGGAUGAAGUUUAUUCAAUCUGUGAGGGAACUUGUCUGAGGACUGUCUCAUACUUUGAAUUGUGGUUCAAACUGUCUCAUACUUUGAAUUGAAUUCCAACCAUAGAUGCACAGUUCAUUGGGUGAUUGUACCUACUGGCUGCCAGUUAUCAGGCCAGUGAGUUAUGAAUUACAUUGGCCAACAUCGUGUGUGGGAUUCUGGUGCCAAUGCUCCAUGCUGGGGCUACACAACAUGGAGGAGACCUAUGGGAGGAGAGCUGACCUUGUGGUAGCAAGCAUGAAUUGUCCCCUUUGCUAAGCAGGGUCAGCCCUGGUUUGCAUUUGAAUGGGAGAUGUGUGAGCACUGUAAGAUAUUCCCCUUGGGGGAUGAGGUCGUUCUGGAAAGAGCACUUGCCUGCAGAAGGUUCCAAGUUCCCUCCCUGGCAUCUCCAGGUAGGGCUGAGAGAGACUCCUGCCUGCAACUUUGGAGAAGCUGCUGCCAGUCUGGGUAGACAAUACUCAGCUAGAUGGGCCAAUGGCCUGACUCAGUAUAAGGCAGCUUCCUAUGUUCCUACUGUGUACAUGCAGGCAGUAGAGAUGGGAAAGCCUGGGGGGAAAAUUGAGGGUAGGGACAAUCUUUUCCUAGGGGGAGAAAAGCCCUGUUUCUCCCCCACCCCCCAGUUCUUUUCAGGCCUUCACAUUUCUAGCAGGCAGUCCUGAUGCUGUUAAGAAUGAGUGAUUACACAAGCCAGUCCCCAGCCUGUAUCUUCCAAGAGUUUGUAACUUGGAAUGCACAUAGUUCCCAAGAGGGACAACUUGUUUGGGCAGGUUGGUGUUUGUAAGUUGGGGACUUCUUAAUGUAAUAUGUUAUGAAGCUUUGUUUGUAUGCCUGGAUGUUUGUAACUCAGGGAGUGCCUGUAUCACCAUUGUGGUGAUACAAUAACUGCAAUCGCGCUACUGGCUCAAUGGCUCCUCCUUAAUAGCGUCGGGGUUGCCUGUGCAACCACAGCAGCCCCCACCCAGAGUGCUGGGACACUGCGGGUCAUGUCGAUGAGUGCAAAACAUGUGGCAGGGUGAAUUCAGUUUGUGGAAUGUAAUGUGAAUCGUUAGAAAAGAUACCUAGUCUUGUGGCAGAAAGUAACUAGUUAAAACAAAAGUUUUGGUUUUCUCAUCUCUUCGCAUCUUUAAGCACUUUCAUUCUGUCUUUAUCGGUGGUGGUUCUCAUGCUCUCCUGCCUCCCUCCAGUGUUGAAUGUGUCUGCUGGUACUCAGCUAGCAACUAUCUCCUUAACAUGUAAUCGGAUCAGUAGGGGGGAAAUCCUACACCAUAAACAGGGAUUUCAGAUGAUCUGUUCCUAUUUUUCUUUUGAAGAUCCACGAGCAUUCCAAUUUACAGUUUCAGAACACCGCAAGAAAUCUUGCCUCAGACUUUGGGAUCAAAAUAUUCUGGUCCAAAAUGGUAUGCAAUGCAAAUGCCCUUUGGCACCCAGUUGUGAACUGUUUAGAAGAGAGAUUUUUGUCCAGCCAAGGAUUCUGCUGACACCUCCUCUCCAUGCCUGACUGAUGACUGUCCAGUCUCUGUUUCUGAAAACCUCCCCUAAAGGAGAGCUCACCUUCAGAAGAGGUCUCUAAGCAGUGGCUGGACUGCCAUCUGGCAGGGAUUCUGUAGCAGAUUCCUGUACUGCGCAGGGGGUUGGACUUGAAGUCCACCUUGGAAUCCUUGAAUUUCAGAGUUGGAAGCGACCUCCGUUUUCUUCUUGUCAACUCAUUGCCUGUUACAUUCCUUAGCAGCUUUAUUUCCUGAACAUAAAGGUGGCUACAUGUUCAACACCAUUGGAGUGUGGAGCAUUCAAUUACAGGGAAACCCAUGCAAUUUUAAUUCCUACCCCCUUUAGCCAAACGUGUAUUUUCUACUAAGAGCUUUAAAAAUAAAUAAAUUUAUAAUUCAUCCAUUGUCCUUGCAGCCACGUCUAUGUUCAGGGACCCAUGGCUGCUGCUUCAGCUCUGGGCCAUUUGUGGAUGGGUGAUUGUGGCUAGGGAAAGCUUUGAAACCAAAGCAUUAUAGGAGGCUGUUUUUAAAUAGGCUUUUCCAAAAUAGGCUUGACUCAACAUUGAGCAGGCAGCCGAAUCCAUAAAGAAGUUACAUUUAUUCCUAAUUUAUUACCAUUGACUUUAGUAGGAUUAGAUUUCAUUUUGGUUCCUUUGUGGAUCACAGGGUGUCUUGCCAUAAUGGAGACUUGAGUAGAGUGGAUGUACUAUAUAAACCUAAUUCAAAUGUAUGUGCCUGUAUCUCUUGUGAGUGAGUGUGUGGUGGAGAGCUAGGUUUCUACUUCCCUAUCAAACAGCUGAUCAGCAGUCUCGCCAAUUUUCUAACAUGGCUAUUUGUGCAGUUGCUAUUUGUGCAUACCUUCUAGAUUGGGGUGUUAAACUGUGGUCCGCCGGGGGGGGGGCCUAAAACUCCCAUCAUCCUUGGCUACUGGCCACUGUGGAGUUGUAGGUCAACAGCAGUUGGAGGGCCACAGUUUGAUACCCUGCUCUAGAUUCUGUAUCCCACUAGGAUAUGUGAGCAGAAGCCUAUUUCUGUGUGUAUGAAAUUCUGGGUGCUUAUAUAUAUUUAAUGACAUAACUCCCAACUGAUUGAACUGAUUCUGUCCCCUCUUCUACAUCUUUCUAAAUAUUAUUACACUGUUUCUUGACAGGGUAAUGCAAUGCAAUGUUCCUAUGAUGACUGUACAAAUUAUGUUCCCAAAAUGUGCUUUGGACCUCCACGGCAUGAACUAAAAGGCAAAAGUCCUGCUGUUAAGGGUGCUAUUGGGUACGAAGUGCUCCCAUGUGUUUGAUGUAUGCAGGUUUGGCUAUUAUAGAGUGGAAUUCGGAGGCAGGUGAGAGCUUGGAGGCAGCUUCAUGCCCUUUGGAAUGUUUUUUAUUUGUAAUUGUGGCAGUGAACCAAUUAAAGAAAUUUUAGUUGAUAAUCAUCUGCCUUUUAAGCAAUUAAAUUUCACAUAAAUUUGCAUGUUACCAAAGCCUCAUAUAGGUGCCUUUUGAGAUACUGAAAGAAGUGUGAGAACUUACAAGUUGAAUUAAAAGCUCACUUUCUGAAAUGGAAGCACCACUGCAAUCUUCUUGUUUUUGUUUUUGUUCCCUAUUGCAAUAAUAAACCUUGUCCCAAAGGUUCUAAAAUAAAUUAAUUUGUCUGCCCUUAAUUGCCAACCUCAUUGAUUAAAAUCAGCUUCUAUUGAUUGAUCAGAGGUUUUUUUGCUGGCUUAAUUGUAAUGAAACUGUACUGACAGCGAAGGGAUGAGAAGUAAUUCUAUCUUGCAACUGGGUCUCUUAAUAAAGCCAAAGUUUGUCAACCAUAUCUGGAAUAAACUUGGAAUAACUGAGUUGUAGAUUGCAACCCAGCACUCUCGUCAUGAAAGAUUCUUUGUGCUAGCUGGUAUGCACCUUUAGUGCUGAUAAAACAUCCUGAUUUGGGACAUGGUUUUCACAUAGAAGUCAGUGUGAUUCCAUAUUAACAUUUAUUUGCUGAUGCAUCAAGUAUGAGGAUUGGGCACAUACUGUUGCUUUUCCUUACUUCAGUUGGACUUUCAUGUCAUUGUUUAGCUGCUUGUCCAAAUACUUUGCUUUUGAUAGUUUAAUAACUGCAUCUCGGACACAUUUUGCAAUGUAAAGGUUAUUGGGCAUUUGUUACCCAGAGCCCAUGUAGGAACACCUCUCCAUAAGACACUUUCAUAUUCUAGUCCUUGGAAAGCAGAAGCCAAAUGUGGUGAGAACAAUGCCUGUGAUGAAAAUCCAAACCUGUGUUUCCUCAGGGUAUAUUUCCUCCUUGCUCUUGACAUGUGCCGCAAGAUAAAAGGCUAUGCCAAGAUGACAGAACUCCGAAACAGUGAGGGCUGGUCUUACCCAAAUCGCAAGCAGUCAGGGCUGUGGGGUGUGGGUGCCUGAUGAAGUGGAAGGCUUCCUAUCUUUACAUUGUGCCUUUCUAUGUCCAUCUGGUCUCAGGAGCACAAAAAAUGGAUGGGGCACCAUCUUGGUUUAUAUGCUACAUACUUAUCAGAACAUGUGGGGGUUUCUUCAGGAAUACAUCUCUUAACCCAGAAGCCAUGAAAGAAUCUGCAUGUGUUUUUUUUUUUAGUAAAAUGUAUAUACCUUUUUGUUGAUCAUUCUUUUCUAUUUUUCUAAUUUCCUUGGAGUUUCUUACUGUUGUGAUACAAUUAUUCUGAUGCUGAUGUUGCAGAAGUUGCUUUUUUCUUCUCCCAUUUCAAUGGAGUUCUGUUUUAUUAGGUCUUCAUAUCUUGGUUCCCUUCCCCCUUUGAAAAGACAGCCUUGGUUUUGUGUUCUUGUAAAUGUUAAAUAUAUUACUGGACCACAGCCUCUGGUUCAUAGAAAUCUUUCUGUAAAUGACACUGUAAAUAUGUCUUCAACUUUGGAAAUCAGUUUGUUGAUAUGUGAUGCAGCAUUAAAAUGGUUCCCUGAAAUUUCAACAAA